GCUGUCAGGAGGUAGCUGGGUGGCAGGGACAGGGGGGGAAAUGCCACCUGAGAAAGCCAUGUAAGAUCUCUGGCUUUUCAGCACGCACAUCCACAUUUUAUUCACAAUUCGCUCUAAUAAAUCCGCAACACACAAAGAACGAUGUUUCAGGAACGAUGCUUGAUUUAGAAUAACAAGAACUCAAAUGGAGAUCGCAACAGAGGAAACCCAGUAAAGUUUAUCUCGCAGCUGCAUGUCAGGUGAAAUCCACGUCAGGAACUUCGGGCAGGUAAAAGGAAAGGGAAAACCCAGAGCCGUCUUUCAGUUUUCAUUUUGCGCUUCGGGAUGAGUGGAGGUCGCUUCGAGUUUGAUGAUGGCGGGGCUUACUGUGGAGGCUGGGAGGGGGGCAAAGCCCACGGCCACGGCAUCUGCACCGGACCCAAGGGCCAGGGCGAGUACUCGGGCUCCUGGAACUACGGCUUCGAGGUGGUGGGGGUCUACACCUGGCCCAGCGGGAACACCUACGAAGGCUACUGGUCGCAGGGUAAGCGCCACGGACUGGGAGUGGAAACCAAGGGACACUGGAUUUACCGAGGGGAAUGGACUCACGGCUUCAAAGGGAGAUACGGGGUCCGGGUCAGCGUGGGCAGCGGAGCCAAGUACGAAGGAACCUGGAACAACGGGCUUCAGGAUGGGUACGGGACGGAAACAUACGCAGAUGGAGGUACCUACCAGGGUCAGUUCACUGGUGGGAUGCGCCAUGGCUAUGGUGUUCGGCAAAGCGUACCCUAUGGCAUGGCAGCAGUUGUGCGUUCCCCUCUUCGUACUUCGUUAACUUCACUUCGCAGUGAGCACAGCAACGGCACCGUUCUACAGCAGGAUGUCCCGGUCAUCACCACCACCAAUGCGUCGGGAGAAGAGACGCCUGUCGCCACCCCCACCCAGCUGGGACCAUCCCGCGGAGGCUUCGCUCUCACCCUCCAGGUGGAUCCGGAGGCAGUGAAGCCCAAGAAGAAGGGCCUGUUCCGAAGAGGUUCCCUGCUGGGUAAGCUGAAGAAAUCCGAGUCAAGCACAUCACUCUCCAGCCAGAAGAGCAAGAUCAGCUUCCUGAGGACAGAGUCUGCUCUGAGUUCCAAUGCCAGCGACACAAACUCCACCAUCAGUGGGGAUGAGAGCCUGGCCGGAGCAGAGGACUUUCCCCCAGUGGAGGCUGACAUUGACGCUACCACCACAGAGGUUUACAUGGGUGAGUGGAAGAACGACAAGCGCUCAGGAUACGGGAUAAGCGAGAGAUCCAGCGGCCUGAAGUACGAGGGCGAGUGGCUCAACAACCAGAGACACGGGUAUGGCUGCACCACAUUUGCCGAGGGAGGGAAGGAGGAGGGCAAGUACAUGAACAACAUGCUAGUGAAGGCCAUGAAGAAGAGGGUGAUCCAGCUCAAGGGAACCAAGAUCAAGCAGAAGGUGGAGCGGGCGGUUGAGGGAGCGCAGAGAGCGGCAGCCAUCGCCAAACAGAAGGCAGAGAUUGCUGCUUCUAGGACAUCCCAUGCAAAGGGCAAGUCAGACGGCGCUGAACAGGCCGCCCAGGCCUCCAACAGUGAAUCCAGCAUUGCCAGACUGGUUGCCAAAGAGCUGUCGCCUUCUUUCUAUCAGCCAGGCCCUGAGUAUCUGAAAAAGAGGGUUUUGCUGGAGGCUGCAGAAGACCCGGAGAACCAAGACACCGAAAUGCAUGAGCCUUUGCUAGCAGAAGAGGAGCCUCUGCAGGCUGAUGAAGAGCCCCUGCCUACUCCACCAGAGAGUCCGAUUCUGAAUGAACUGGCCAGCCUCAUGCCCGGCUCGUCCCCGGCCCGAACUCCCUCCCCGAGUCCGGCCAUAAUCAACAAGGAGGACCCCAAACUCCUUGGUCCAAGAGGCUGGAAUGAAGACAAAUCCAUGAAAGGAAGUUCCAUUAAGGGUGGCCUUAAGCCCAGCAGUGCACCAGGUAGUCGAGCCACCACUCCUUCAGUGACAGCUGCUGAACCUGAGGAGGGAACGGCUUCCAGCCGUCAACCUUCACGCACCCCGAGUCGUCUGAGUAACAAGAUUGAGCAGGGAUCCGAUUUGGAAAUUAAACCACUUCAGAAAUUUGACUCUGAGGUAAAACCUGCAGAUGUCCCUCCAGCCACUUAUGCUCCAGAAAUGAAUAGCCUCAUCUCUCCAGAUGAAGAAGAAGAAGAAGCUCCUGUUCCAGCUGCCAGCGGGCCUCCAAAAGCUGUGACCCCUGAACCCAAAGUCCCUGAGAUAAAAACUGAAAGAGCUCCCUCUGUCCAGGAGCGGCCACCUUCUACCUCUGAGAAGAAAAGGCCAUCCAGGGAGGGAAGCAGGCCGGGCAGCAGAGCAGAGACAAGACCAUUACCAAAACGGCAACAGAGUCCAGCUCCAUCUCCAAAACGACAACUGAGUCCGUCUCCAUCUCCAAAACGACAACUGAGUCCGUCUCCGUCUCCGUCUCCAAAACGACAACCAAGUCCUGCUCCGCCUCCAAAAGCUGCUGCUAAUCAUGAACCUAAAACAGUUUCAAAGCCGGCAGAACCCAAAGCCAUAAUUGCCAAGCCACCCGUAAAGAGCCUGGUGUCGAGAAAAACAGCAGAGUCUUCAGAUCUGGAGGGCCCAAACACCAUCAUGGUGUGUAUGGUGAUCCUGCUAAACAUCGGCCUGGCCAUACUCUUCGUUCACAUUUUGUCAUGAGAUGUUUCCCACAAUAUCAGGUGGCAGGUGGCGUUGGACUGUGAUGGCGUUGCUCCUCCACCUCAUGGACCAGAGAUCAGAGACACCACUGACUGCUGGCAGGAGCCUCCUGGAGUCUUCUUCGUUGGUUCUGUGAAGCUCUUCUUCUGCAGAGCUUAGGGGAAAACUGAAGGACAAUGAAGAGCUGAAACGUCUGAAUAUGACUGUUCUGUUAAAGUUGGUGAUUAGAUGGUUGAGCAAGUCUUGGAGCUGGGUGGGCCUCCAGAAUUCAACUUUGUCACAGAGUGUCACAAGGUUUGCCGUCAUUUUGCAAUAUGGGUUGUCCUACUGCUAAUCUGCCUUACACCGAGUGGUCCUCACGACACUGAAUCAGUAGAUCACACGUUGCCUCGACAUGUGUUUGUGUUUUGUAACUGCAGAUGAAGUAAUGUUGAAAACUCAUCCAGACUGAACUUUCACUCCAGUUUGCCUUGAAUUUGCUCGGACACAGCAGCGUCCUUGUGCAGAAAAACUGUGUUUUUUGACGCCUGCAGCGGGUAAAGCGCUGUGUGUUUGUGUCAGUCAUCUAACACAUAUGUUCUCUUUUUACAGGGAUUUACUGUAUGUGUGUGUUUUUAUUCUGCUGCUUUUUGUGUAGGAAGAAGAUAAAAAUAGAUUAAGAAAGGAAAAAAAUAGAAGAAAUAAGGAUAUUUGAGAGUCCCUGCUGAUGUUUUGUCCUGUUUGUUCCUGUGGAGCCAUGCACUGCUAAUUAGCUAAGGGGAAUGAUGUCUUCAUUCAGAUUUAUCCAAAGCAAUCACUGUAUAUUUUAAGAAAGGUGCUGAAUCUGUAGAUUGUUAUUCCUGCAGGAGGAGUUUUAAAGUGAUCGAUAUGUCUCUUUAGAUCCCGACUUUGUGUUGCAUUCAGCUUUAGAGCCAAAUGUUUGGAAGCAGGAGGUGAUUUUCUGUACUUUUGUACAUUUUUUGGGAGUACGCCUUUUCAUCUUACACAGAAUUCUGCUGUUACCUUUUAUUUAUAGCUAAAAUAAUUAAGCCACCCCAAAUCCUAAAUUAAUUUACCUCACUGUAGUUAGAUUAAAAAAACAGAAUGAUUCUUAACUCCAUGUCUUACAGUGAAAAGACUUAUUUUCUCUUUCUUUGUGUGGGGGGUCGGGGCCUUACAGAGAAGAAGUAUCUGAAGCUGAUCUGCCGUUAAGUUUGAUGGUGUUGUUGAUGAAGGAAAAAGCCUAAAAGUAUUUGCAUUAAAAUAAAGAACAAAAAUCUUCCACAA